AUGGCUGGCGGAACAAGCAUUUGGGCGAGCAAGGACGCCAAGUCCGACCCUAAGGAGAUCUUUAACUUGAGGCUGCUGUACCUCCUGGUUACCCUGGCCUGGGCGGGCUGUUUCUAUGGCUUCGACACGGGGAAUAUCGGUGGCAUUCUGACUCUGCCGUCGUUCGAGAAGUCGUUUGGCCUGCUUGAUAUUCCGCAGGCGGAGUAUGAUGAUCGAAAGGGAACUAUCGCCGCUAUGGUCGCCGCAGGAGGCGCCGCUGGAUCCCUUCUCGCUGCACCCACCUCUGACUGGCUAGGUCGCAAAUGGUCUGUCUUUCUAUGGGGAAUCGUCUUUAUGAUCGGUGCCGCGAUGCAGAUGGUCCCCAACUACGACGUAUUGCUGGCAGGACGGUUCAUCGGUGGUCUCGGAGUGGGAGCAAGCUCUAUGUUGAGCCCCCAGUUCUUGGCUGAGAAUUCCCCAAAGUCAGUCCGUGGAUCUAUGACAGCUACAUACAACCUCAUGAUCGUCACGUCAUUGAUGCUUGCGUUCUGGGUUAACUACGGCGUCUCGCUCUGGUCCCGACCCGGGAUCGAGGAUGACCAUGCCCAGUGGCAGACCGCGAUGAGUAUCCAGCUCAUCCCUGGCGGACUGAUGUGUCUGAUGAUUCCGUUUGUGCCGGAGACGCCUCGAUACCUCAUUAACCAUGGCAAGGCCGAGCAGGGGUUGAAGAACCUGUGUCGACUUCGCCAGCUGCCCCCAGACCAUCCGUACGUUCAACUCGAAUACCGUGAAAUCCAGGCCCAGGUGCAGUACGAGCAGGAGAAUUUCCAGGGCCACAACUACUGGGUUGUCGCCAAGGAUAUCUUUGGCAAUAGGAGCAACCUGCAGCGUUUCGUCCUUGCUGUCCUGCUGUUCAUCUUCCACAAGCUGACUGGAACGGACUCGCUCAACUACUACGCUCCUCAAAUCUUCGAGCUCAUCGGCGUGAAAGAUGACUCGUCCUUACUGACAACCGGUGUCUACGGCGCCGUGAAAGUUGCAGCAACAAUCUUCUACAUCGCAUACCUCGUCGACCGCGUUGGUCGUCGUCUCCCACUUCUCAUCGGUGCCACUAUCCAAGCUACCUCCAUGCUCUAUCUCGCUCUGUACCUCCGCUUCGCUGGCACCGACAACACCGAUAUGGGCGGUACCCCUGCAGGAGGGAUCGUAGGCAUCGUCUGGAUCUACCUAUAUGCCUUCGGAUGGUCCUUCGGACAUAGCGUUGCCUGCUACAUCGUUGCAGCGGAGAUCUUCCCCACUCGUAUUCGCUCCGUCUGCAUGGGCUUCUGCUUCUUCGUGAACUGGAUCAUCGACUACGGCAUCACACGCGCAACCCCGAAUAUGCUGACCAAUAUGGGCUAUGGUGCUUUCCUGCUCUAUUCCUUGCUAACGUAUCUCGGUGUUGUGUUUAUUUUCUUUUGUCUGCCGGAGUUGAAGGGCAGGUCUAUUGAGAGUAUGGAUGAUCUGUUCCAGCGCCCGCUGUGGACGAUGUGGAAGCAUGCGUAUCCGACCAAGGAGGAGACCGUCAGGCAUGGUAUUCAGGAGGGAAAGGAUGAGGAUGUUCAGGGACAGGAUCGUGAUGAGGAGGAGGCGAAGAGGAAGCAGAGUGCUACUCAUGUCGAGACGGCUUCAUAG